AACGCGAUUAUUUAAUAGCAGUGACGCUCGAGUCCCACUCAUUUGCUAUCGGAAAACACGUUUCUUGUUCAAAAAAAUAAAAUUGCGCGCGUUUUUGUUCACUUGUUUGUCAACCUUCGAAAAUGGAGGCGCCUCGAAGAAUGGGGCGAACUGUCAAAAUCAAUGCUACAUCAGACGUGCUAGUUUCCUCGACAUGUGCGAAUGGUGCUCAAACUGAUGCAACUCCCAGUAUUAGAGAUGCUUUUCUGCAGAUGUGUUGUAAGGAUUCUUUCAAUCUGGGCAAACCUCAUGUAGGAUCGGUGUUAAAUGUGGUUUCAAAGCAUAUUGAGAAAAGGGGCUGUGACAGCAUUGGACUUGACAGCUUGGAUUUCUUCAUAUGUUUGAGGAUUGCAUUGAUUAAUGACAGCAAAGCAGUAAGAGCUGCUGGCUUAAGAGUGAUCAGAUUGUGCCUAAAAAAUGAAGAAUACGCAAAGAAAUUGGUUGAAGCAGAUCUUCAUUUCUUCAUUGCAAAGUGCUUGGAUGUGCUUGUGGAUAACUUGGCAGAACGUGCCCAAGCGUUGAGAUUAUGCCGAAGAUUGCUUUUGGUAGACCCAUCUUUAUUUCCUAUUGCUCUGGGUCGUUCAGUUGUGGCCUUGGCUUUUGAUGGCACCAAGGAAAAAGACCGAUUGGUUAGAGCAUCACUUGCUAUCCUUGCCGAACUUUGUAUCGUUAACCCGUCUGUGUUCGUUGCUUGUGGAGGUGUUCGAUGUUUCUCUUCUGCGGUCUUGGACUGCUCUUCUCCUCGUAUGCAGGAAGCUAUGGUUGCUUCUCUGCUCUACUUGUUCGACACGGCGCAGCGGCGAGAGCUUUCAAAAUUGAACCUGCGAUUUCUGAUUGCUCCCUACAGUGAUUUUCACUAUAAGCACCAUGCAGAUUCAGGGGAAGGGAAUAACACUUCCGCCGACACUUCAGAUGACCGUGAGCUCCGCCUGCUUUGUGCUAAGCAAGCUCUUCUUACAGUGCUCAGAUCCUGGAAUGGAGUAUUACAUGUCAUGAGCUGCAAAAUUCUAGAAGACUUGGUCCGGGUCUUGCUACCCUGUCAUCUAGAAACCAGGAAAUCAAUGUUAGAAUUCUUCUAUACGUUGCUGCGAUUACCACUUCCGGAAUGGACGGACGAAUUUUCUGUGGCGCUUUUAGCUACUGAUCCCUCCCGCGUGCGAGAUGCCUGGAAACUCCAAGAGGGUUACGUAGCCGCAGAGGGCAAAUGCUUGCUACCGCAUAUUUCAAAGUUCAGGCCAAACUUAGUAUUAAAUCAUACGGCCCUGUUAGUGUAUUGCUUGGUUGAAGCACGACUUGUCCAGACACUGGUGGAAGUCAUUGUAACUAGUGACACUUUCAUCUCUGUUCGAGCUACGAUCUUACUUGGAGAACUGUUGCAUCUUGGUAGUACUCUUUUACCACCUUCGUGCCACGGUACAAAGAUGUGUCUUCCUCAAUUAGUCGACUGCAUUACUUCCCUCAAAAGCGACCCGGUAAAGCGCCAUCGAGCCGCCCAAGCAGCAGCGGCCCUCUCAAAAAUUCACCAAUUUAAGAAAAAAGGAAUUGUUCCAUAUAGUUUGGCUCUCAAGCAGAUCGUUGAAUUAGAACGAAGAGCUUCCAACAACGGGAAAAGUUAUUCAGGGAAAAAUAAGAAAAUUGAAGAAAACGCGACUACCGUCAUUCGAGAUGACCAGGAGUUCCAGAGUAAUGGAGAAGUGGAGUCGGAAAUGCGAUCCAGCAGAGAUCCCGAUGGCAUUCUCUCUGCGCUUUCACGAGAUUCUGGUGUUUUAGCACAGAAAGACCCAUUGAUCUGGAACUGGUCUGUCUUGUCCAAUCUUCUCUUGUGGAGCAAGAUGAAUUCUUGUGCGUUGGAAGAUUCCAUCUUGCGCUCGAUUAUUCGCCGAGUAAUGCAGUUUUACAAGCCUAGUAGCAACCAGUUUUGCCAGUGCGAAUUCAGUAACACCCGGACCCGUCUUUAUUCUUCUGUUGGUUGUCACUUGAUGGACUCCCUUACAGUUGUCGAAGAGUUUGAGUGCGACAAAAUCUUGUCCGAAUUCCUUGACGACGUUAGUAGUGCAAUCCGAGAUAUAUCACUAGCUUCUUCAGCCCACGAUUGCCUACUCAGCCCUGGUCGUCUUGCCACAACAGCUUGCCAGGAUUACUUCUUAUUUAUUGGCCGGCUGAGCAGUACCACCAAUGGAAUUAACGCCUUGGAAAAGGCCGGCAUUUUUCAAGAUCUUUUAGAAUUGGUGGCGAGCACAAACCACGAUUGUUAUCUAAAAGUAAUCGUUUCCACACUCGAUUUUCACACCGAUGGAUAUGCUAGAGCUAUCUUGAAAAAGAUCUUACUUGGACCUGUCGAUUCUGGUCGAAUUUAUGCGACAAAUCACGUUCGCGUUCUACUACGAGCGGCAGACGAAUAUGGAACGGCCAGCAUUCUUGCAAAGUGGACUGUUCCGUUACUACUUGGUCAACUGCAUGAUAAAAGCCGUGCCGUAGUCAUAACUGCUGCGGAUAUUCUAGAUGAAGCAACAGACGAUCCAGCAUGCAUUGAGGUAUUGAUCCUGCUUCAGACGCAGUUCGUUGAGCUAAUUCAGGAGCAAGAAAAGCAGCAUUUAGAUUCUCGUGCUCGAUUGCUUCUAAUUAAAACUCUGUCGAUUCCCGCUGGAUUCAAACAUUGGCUUGAAACCGUCACCGAUUCCGAGAAUGGGAAAGUGUCCCUUGUUCAGAAAGAAUUGGAUCAGUGGAUUAGAAAUUUGAAUAUUCGUUAUGUCCAGUUAGUUGAAAGUGAUUUGGCCGAUGGUCUGACUCAGCAUCAGCGAGCGGAAGAUGGUCGGUAUGGUCGUCUGAGCAACGUGCGCCAUGCAAUACGAGAUUUGCCUAUGCCGCCACAUCUUUUUUCCCAGUUAAAUCAGCAUAGAGAAGGGCUAGAUUUUUUGCGUACCUCAGGACAGCUAUCUAAGCUUUUUACGGUGGUUACUAAUGCUUCCAUUGAAACUGAUGAAGAGAUAUUAGAACUCAAAGCUGCUGUAUGGGCAUGUGCUCAUUUAGGAACUUCGGAACCCGGGGUUGCAUUAUUGGAAUCGGCUCAAGUGGUGGAAGCCUUGGUUCGUGUUGCGUCAUUCUCAUCUGUAUUGACUCUAAGAGGCACAGCUUUUUUCGCUCUAAACCUGAUCGCCAUGACAAGCGCUGGAGUCGAUAUUCUUGCUCAAUUUGGUUGGGCUUCUAUAAAACGACAUCACGGUGAACUAUGGCAUGUCUUGGACGACUCCGAGUGGAAUUCCUUAUAUUUGCAACACGUCAGUAACCCACUGACGCUGAAAGACAAUGCUCAUCUCGGUGUCGGGCGCGACCGUCUUCGCACCGUUAGCCAGAGUUCCUGUCACAGUGUUACCUUUGCAGCUGACGAAAGAGAAGAUACGAGAGCAGCAUCGAUAUUAACGUCAACCCCCCGACAAAGAAGUAGCUCGGUUGAGCAACCGAAUGGUUGUUGGGAAACGGAUUCACAGCCAUACUCACUUGAAGGCUCGUCCAUCAAUUUUGAUUCGGAUUCUGACCAUUCGUCAGAUGUGCCCACGCCGGAAGAUGCCAUUCGGAGUUGCCGACGAGCGUACACGUUGCCUCUUUCGGUUCAAACCCCUGGACAGGAAUAUGUGCCUCACUUCCGCAGCUUCAGCGAUUCGCAUUACACAAUGGCAGAUGGUGUGUCAUGUGCGGUUCCUACUUCUCCAACAGCGAGACCCAAAAGAGAGUCGCGCAUUUGGAGUAAAUUACGUACCAGUUUACGCUUACGUAGAUCUAAACGCUUUUCUUUGCCUGUGCGAUCGUCGUCGAAACAAAGUUCCUUUAUACCACCAGAAACUGAACCUAUCCAGUUGCUUCGCUCUGAACUGACGGAAGGAGCAAUGUGUUCAACAGACGAAACCUUCUCCUCUUCUGCUGCCGAAGAAGCGUCCAGCGAAGAGGACGAUAGAGAAGAAAGGGAUACAGCACCAUUACAUUUUGAGUAUCAACUCAAUCGCAUCGGAUCCAUUCUGAGUCGUUUAAGAUCAUUGUCGUACAAAAGAAGGCCGCGUCUUCUGAGCUCUUUGAGCAACAGGUCUGGUUGUUACAUUGGACUCUGUUUGCCGAUUCAACUGUCAUACCUCCAUCCACCAGCGGAUUGGUUUGAGCAACCAGUUCCUUCGAUGCUUGCCACCAGUUUUUCGAACAUGACACUCAAUGAAGAGCCACAUUUUGUUCACCAAUGGCAAGACUGCAUCGUUUGCUCCAAAGAUCCAUCCGCAGUCGUGCAACUAGACACAAAACAAACCGAGGAGGAAAAGUGGUUAGUUCGAAAAGAAUUAUUGCGGCUUGUAACGAAUAUGGGAAGCUCCGUUGGUUUGAAUGCAAAUGAACAAGGUCUUCUCAGGUUAAAGCAGCGAUUCCCAUGGGCGUUUCACGAUGUCUGUCUCUUCUCAGAUGUCUGUCACGUCAUGGCAUCUCACGGCUACCGAUUGCGCGCGCGCCGUUUUCUUCACGAGUUAUUUAUGGAUUCGCCGUUUGACGAGCUGUACGCGGUUGCAGUUUCUCGGCUGAAGGUGGACGUUGAAUGAAGAAUAACAUUUGCCCUUGUGAGAUCCUAUUUUCCUGUUUUUGUUUCCCUCUGUGUUUAUCCUAAUAAUCUUUCAUCCUGAUUCCUGCCACGCCUUCUAGUCAACGCCUUGGAAGAUUGAGAUUGGAAGUUUGUUAUGACGGUUCCUAUCGUUCUGUGUGUGAUCAAUAACACGAGAUUUGAAAUUA